CCGCGACUUCGGUCAUCGGUGAUUUCAUUCGCUCGCUCGCUCUCUCCCUCUCUCUCUCUCUCUCUCUGUCGUCUCGGAGCUCUAGGCCUCCUCUCUCGCGUGCACGCAUACUCGCGCAUCGUAUAUACGCGCCAAUAGGGCAAUACGUGUACGCGCGGGAACGUUCGUGUCUCUCUCUCUUACUCCGUCUCCCUCUCUUCCUACGUACAAUCCUGCUCCGUCACUCACUCUCACUCUCUCUCUCUCUCUCUCUCUCUCUCUCUCCCUUGCUCCGUCUUUCGCGCGCGCCUUUGACAAUCUCGUCGUCGCCGCCGCCGCGCUCUGUUGACACGGCGCGGAUCGCCGGGCCAUUCCCUUUCGUUUCCCACUUCGUGGGGGCCUCGUCGACGGAUCGCUUCGCCCGGCGAUCGCCGUAUGUACCGUGACAAAGCACCGCGCCUCGUCUCGCGCAUCCUCUGCCGUGCCACGUCUCCUCUCUUUCCGCCUGUCUCGACGUUCUCUUUUCCUUUUUUUCUUCCUCUCUCGGUCUCUCUCUCUCUCUCUCUCUCUCUCUCUCUAUCUGUUUGAUCGCACUCUCUAUCGUGUCUCGUUUUCUACGAUCUAGAGAGUCGCGCGCGCAAAAGACGUCAAGUUCGACAACUGAACCAGCGGGUGUUUUAAAUUCCGACUUUUCGAUCCACGUUUGACGUCUUCCUCUUCCUUUCCUCGUCUGGCUCUUUCUCGCUUUCUCUCUCUCUCUCUAUCUUCCUCGAUUACGUGUGGGCGGUCGUGCCUGUGGAACGUCGUUAAUGGAGGACCGCUUCUACGGCGGUAGCUGCUCCUACGGUGACUCUGCAACUUCGUCGCGCGAACAUCGUGAAAAUAGCGGCGCACGUCUCCGCAGCGCCGCUACGUUCUCGCUGUCCACGUCGCCGUCGUCUUUGUGCAUCAUCCGCGCGGGCGAGUCGCACUCCGCAUCGAGUAUCUCGUAUCGCGGUGUCGCAGCCACCGUCGUCAUCAUCGUCAUCGUCAUCGUCGUUCUCGAGAAGUCGCCGUUGUCGACGUAGUCACGCGCGCGCCGCCCGCUGCCAUCCGCGCGCAGAACGACGGCGCCCACUCUAGGAUGUGGCGCAUCGGAGGAGAUGGAACUUAUCACCUUAAAGUGUUGGUCCCCGGUGUGGCGGCCGGGGCCAUUAUUGGGAAAGGUGGAGACACAAUUGCUCAACUUCAAAAGGAUACAGGGGCAAGGGUGAAAAUGUCUAAAUCGCACGAUUUCUAUCCGGGAACUACCGAAAGGGUAUGCCUGAUCACUGGUACUGUAGACGCUAUAAUGGAAGUUAUGGAGUUUAUCAUGGAUAAAAUACGCGAGAAGCCUGAUCUUACCUCGAAAACUACAGUCGACUUCGACUCUGGUAAAGCUACCGCGGAGAGAGACAAGCAGGUCAAAAUUUUAGUACCUAAUAGCACCGCGGGGAUGAUAAUAGGAAAAGCCGGGAAUUACAUUAAGCAAAUUAAGGAAGAAUCCGGCUCGUACGUCCAAAUAAGUCAGAAGGCUAAAGAUCUAUCUCUUCAAGAGCGAUGUAUAACGGUGAUCGGUGAGAAAGAGAAUAAUCACAGGGCGUUACAUAUGAUCUUAGCCAAAGUAGCGGAUGAUCCGCAAAGCGGUACUUGUCUUAAUGUCAGUUACGCGGACGUAAGUGGUCCGGUUGCCAACUACAAUCCUACAGGCAGUCCUUAUGCUCAAGCCCCCACAAGCACUCCCACGUACACAUCCACAGCUGGUUUGAAUACAGUGAGUCUCUUGAACGGUGCUGGUUUGAGUCUUAACCUGAAUCUGGGCGCGGCCAUUACAGCGGGCACGGCACCAGUGACGACGCAACUGCUGGAACAUAUAAAACUAAAUCUACGUACGACAGGUUUCUCCGAGCCCGCCGCCACAGAGAUACUCGCCGCGAUCGCAACUCUCGCCAAGUACAAUAUCCUCGGGAUGGGCAUAGGGAUGCCGUCUAGUAUGAGCUACCUGGGCAAUCCGAUGGACAGUACGACGACCGCGAACGGCUCGAACAACAAUGGCGGUGUAUUUGGACCGAUCGGGACCGUGCCUGCACUCGGAUCGACCUCGCCGACGCCACGCAAUACCCUCGAUCGUUACGAGCCGUUCGAUCCAUUCCGACAGAACAACACCGCCGCCAGCGCGAUACAUCUGAACAACAAUUCAUUUGGCCUGGGCACUAACCAGUUAUCACUUGUAAGUAAGAGUCCUACACAGGUAGACGCCAACAACAAGGAGACCAAGAAAGUAGACAUAGAAAUUGCAGAGGUUAUAGUGGGAGCUAUUCUGGGACCCGGUGGUCGUGCCCUCAUUGAGAUUCAGCACCUAAGUGGCGCCAACAUACAAAUCUCUAAGAAGGGCAUGUUCGCCCCUGGUACCAGGAACCGCAUAGUGACUAUCACGGGUUAUCCCAAUGCAAUCAACACUGCUCAAUACUUGAUCGAGCAGAGGAUCAGUGAAGAGGAGGCGAAGCGAGCACGUCAGAAUGCCAUCGCCAGUAAAGUAAAGCGCUUGCGACGGCAUGCCGCAAAGUUCGGCCAAGACGAGGGGGAGAUCGAGGGAGGAAAAAGGACAGCUUCGUCAUGCAGCGCGCACGAAAAUAAAGUUAACAUGCUCGGUUAAGCGUGAUAACGGAUAUUUCGCGCGAUGACGUCCGUAUUUGUUUUUCGAUGACGACGAGAGAUCAGGAUUCAGGAUUCUCUUCCCCUAAAUGAAUGUAAACGACGCGUGGAGGACAAAUCUCCACAUGCGAUAUACUUCGGGUAAGAAUCAAACGUAAAACGCAAAAAGAAAACACGGAUUACGUAUAGAAGCCAUAGCGCGAUCAGCCAGUCUAACAUAAGUAUUCUCCUUAGUGUAAUGUUGAUUUAUAAAGAGUAUACCGCCUGUUAUGAAUUUUAGUGAUCGUAUACUAUGAUUCGUAGAGUUUGCGACAUUGAAAGUGUUAUUUUAAAUAGCGAUUCAACGGUGUCUCUCUUCGAGAUGUGCAGUUUUAAUCGCUUAUCUGAUACAGCGGAAAAUGUCUCGGGAAUAUCUUCUCAGUUAACAACAAAGUGUGAAGUAUAGAUAUAUUUUUCAAGAUCUGUGGGAUUGAGAAAAGAUAAAAGAGAGGUAAAAGAUUCUAAUACAUAUUUCCGAGAAGAGUGUAAUUAAUGAAUCUGCUCUAUAAAAUGAUUACUCUGCAACGCUGAAGAAUAUCAUUUUUUACAGUAUCUCGAGGAUAUACACAGUUGUCAUUAAAUUAAAAUAACACUUUCGAUUAAACUUUCCUGAGAUCGAUUAACGGCGUAUGUGCAUAUAUAUAUAUAUAUAUAUGCAUCAGUACGUGUAUAUGUCUAUCUUCAACGUAUAUUACAUAAUACCGAGAUAUAUAACGGUGAAAUCAACAAUUCCGUGUGCAAAGUCGUGUUCCGCGUGCGAUCAAUAUUGGAGCAGAUAAUCUUGUCGCAAAUAUUUGAUUGAUAAUUGACGUGCCGCAAUAUAUUGAACGUACAUCAACAGUAGGAUGUUUUUAUUGGCGACAAGAUUGUCGUUACCUGCGCAACGAUAUUAAUUCGCAUAGGAGUCUCUUUUAACCCUUUCCGAAACGAUCCCGAUCGAAGUUGCGCAUCGACUACAUGAAUAAACGCUAUUAUCUUCAAUUUCUCUCUCAAGAUUCGCGUAUUCGAUUAUCAUUGAAGCAAGAUGGUAAAUGUUUUUCGAUGCAUAUUUGCGAGAGAGAGAGAGAGAGAGAGAGAGAGAGAAAUUAGCGUAUAUUCUCUCGAAAAAGAUGGGAAUCCGCGAGAUCGUGGAAAUGGAAAGGAUUAAACGAUUCGCGUGUAUCAUAUCGUCGAGGAUUUUCCAAUAGGAAUGACGACGAUGCAUUCGCGCACGAGGUGGCAAAGCAGUAUUGAUCGGCCAGUCGAUGUUACCUACGAGUUGUUUAACGAGAGGACAUACCGUUGCAAUAGACCCGACAGUCGUCGCCACCAAAACCAUUUCCCCACCCCCUUUCCCCUCCUUGUUAAAAUCUUUUAUUUUUUCAUACAACGCUUUGUUUUGUACAGUUUAAGAUAUAUUUCUUUGUUUCUACUUGCUAAGACAGUGGCGUGUCGCCAGUCGAUAGGACUGUACACAGGACAGUUAGACGCAUAGACAUGUAGCUAGUUUCUUAAAUCUCUAAUGAAAUAUUAUAAAACAAAUUAUAAAACACGAUCGAACCUGUCCGACACGAAAGAGGAAAGAGAGAUAAAUAUAUAAUUCUAUGUAUCUGCGUAUAUAUGUACGUGUAUACUCUCUCGUACGCGCAUGAGAAUACUAAAGAAGAAUAUUAAGGGGGGAGAGAGAGAGAGAGAGAGAGUUGAAAUAUAUACAACCCUUUUCGCAGGAAAAAGAAAAGAGAGAGAAAAACCGCGAGGAAAAGGUGUAGCAUAGUAAUCAGGGAACUGUAGGAAUUGCAUUGACUCGCCUCAAUUCUAAUUACGACUAUUGUUACAAUAACUAUUAAAUGAAUCUUCGACACUCCGUCGCCGCGCGUAAGGGUGACUCGUGUGUCACGUUACUUGGCUGUGUGUGCUAGGCUACAUCGUAAAGAUCAUGUUCCAUCGUACUUUCUCAUCGCAUUAAUCUCCAUUAAGAUCCGAUGUGAAGACAAAAAAAAAAAAGAUUGAAAAAAAGAAAGAAAGAAAACGCAAAAUAGAGGCAGAAAGUGAUAUUCGAAAUCGCGCCAAGAGUUUAUAAUAAUAAUAAUAAUAAUAAUAUUAAUCUGCUGCAUGUCACUCCACAUCCUUUAGUGCCAUAUCGAACCUAUCCUCCUUCUUUCCCCCUCCCCCCUUCCUAAUUCAUCAGCCACCACACUUGUUAACGUUUGACAGUAGAACGUAUUGUUAAAGAUGUGUAUAUCCUGCACGACAGGCAGGCCGUUUUCAAUUAAGAGUCGGACAUUUAUUUCCCAUUAAUAUGCUAAAUAUAUAUAAUAUAUCGUUAUGGAGUAUAUAUUUUACGAGAUACAUCUUUAUAUACUCCUAUAUACAUAUAUAUUCUUAGUUUGCAGUAAAAGUGGGACUCACGCAGCAAUCAGGAAUAUUACGAGGAUAGAAAAAAAGAGGGAGAGGGAUUUAAUUAGCUUUCGCUGUAAUAGACACUGAGCUGCAAAUUGAGAGAAAGAGUUAUUUAUAAACAACACUUUAUAAUUUCGGCAUUGUCGCGUUGUGCACGUGUUUGCGUUUCCUAACUUUUUUUCUUUCACACGCGUGUAUCUUGUUCCACAGUUUGUCCUACACGAUUGACGAUAAUAAUUUAAAAAAAAAUCAGAGAUGCAACAAUUUCUGGAGUAAUAUUGCUGCACGAUAAAUUUGAUCGAAAUUAAUCGUUACGAUUACUGGCUGAAAAGAAAAAGAGAGAAAAUUGGUUUAGACGAAUUUAUUAUAAAAGUCAGUAAUUUUAAUAAUACUGCGCGAACGUUCUUAUAAAAAACAUAUCGGUGAAAAGAAUUUAUAUCGAAAGUGUUUUGUACCGAGAGGGCCUAAUGGAUCGAUGGAUAACAAUUCAAAUAACAAUUUAAAAAAAGAGAAAAUACAAACAUAUAUAUAUAUAUAUAUAUAUAUAUAUAUAUAUAUGUAUGUAUACACAAAUGUUAGCUAUUUGCGAUAUAUAUUACAAUCAAUUAUUGUUUCAGAAAGAAUGUUGCAUUUGUCUCUACAUUAAGAGUUUUACUUAUCUAUACUUGUUAGUUUACUGCCACUUUUUUGCAAUCGUUCGCUAUAAUCAAAUGUUUAAAUGAUAGGGCGAAUUCGCCAAGAUAGCCAAGGAAAUCAAUGUAAAACGUAAUAUAUAUUACACUAAGGGACAUGUUACGCUAAGAUAUAUCGUUAUAGAGAACGUCGCAAAAAAAAAAAAAGAGGAAAUUAUUUAUUGCAUCGUGUAUCGGAUCGAUUGACAAUAGCGGAGACGAAGUUUUAUUAUAAAUGUAGUACGAAAGAUAUACAGAUUAUCGAAGAUACAGCACACAGAGAUCAUUCGAUUAGCGACGACAUGAGAUAUAUUUCCCAUAUCACAAUCUUCGUUUAUCUAGUUCAGCAUCAUUCUCAUAAAGUAGCGCGGAAGGCCAUUUAAUCGAAAGAGAGAGAGAUAGAGGGAGAGAAAGAAUAGAAUCAACUAAAAAAAGAAAGAAAAUUAAUGUAUCGAAACGCACAUAACGAAGGGACGUUACGUGUGUGUCCACGCGACAACCAAAACACACAUUCGUUACAAAAUAAUUAAGAGGGUUGUACAAAAUUGUAUGUAAUGUUAUUUUAUCGGAAGUGAGAAUAUUAUAAUAGAGUUAGACUGUUAAUAUGGUAUAUUAUUUUGGGUAAGAGCGUAUAAUGUAAGAAAGAGAGAAGAAAUAUGAAAAAAAAAAAGAAUUACACAAGACGUGAGAUCGUUGUUGUUGAGGUAGAAGUAGCACAUAUAGCAGCUCGGGG